AUGUCGACGGAAGGAACACAGUCGCAUGCAUGCUGCAACACACCCGCUGUUACCGGCGGCGACUACAAGGAGAAGGGCGAAUGGAUUCAGGCUGAUGGACUGAAGACGUAUGCCACUGGGUCCAAAGACGCAAAGACCGGAAUCCUGAUCGUCUAUGACAUCUUCGGUUUCUUCCCACAGACACUUCAAGGUGCCGACAUCCUCGCCUACACAGACAAGGAGCAGCAGUACCAGGUCUUCAUGCCCGACUUCUUCGAGGGCAAGCCGGCCGACAUCUCAUGGUACCCUCCGGACAAUAAGGAAAAGGAGAAGAAACUCGGCGAGUUCUUCCAGGCAAAGGCUGCGCCGCCAAAGACACUGCCGCGCAUCCCCAAGAUUGUCGAUGAGCUGAGCAAGAGCAAGGGUAUUGAGAAGUGGGCUAUCAUUGGCUUCUGCUGGGGCGGAAAGAUUGUCAAUCUUUCCUCGCAGGAGAACACCAAGUUCAAGGCUGCUGCUGCCUGCCACCCGGCUAUGAUUGCUAAGGAUGAUGCGCUCGGUAUCACCAUUCCGUACAUCAUGCUGCCGUCUGGCGAUGAGUCCAAGGACGAUGUCGAGGCGUGGCAGAAGGGCGUCAAGGUUCCCAACGUUGUCGAGUGGUUCCCAGAUCAGGUACACGGAUGGAUGGCUGCGCGUGGAGAUCUGUCGCAGGACAAGGUCAAGAAGGAGUAUGAGCGUGGAUACAAGCUGGUCUUGGACUUCUUCCACAAGCACUUGUAA